UACGUCACAUCCGUUCUAAAAAAAAAAGAAAAAAAAAAGAAAACCGCGUACGGUACAAACAAACUGGACGGUGCUGGCUGUCCGCAUCUCCUAACGGUUAAAACCGGGAUUCGGCCUUGCCGUCAGCCCGGCUCGGUUCGGUUCGGUUCGUGGAGGAGAGAGUGGAGCAUGGUGAAGUGUGUCGUCUCCGGCUGUACGAACCGCGUGCUGAACGCCAACCGGGGGGCGUGCAAGCGACCACCGAAGAGGUUCUUCAAGUUCCCCGAAGACCCGGCGCGUGUGAAGGUAUGGCUGGCGGCACUGAGGGAGCUGGACAGGCAGGACCCCACAGAGGAGCACCUAAUCUGCGAGGAUCAUUUCUUGCCAGAGGACAUCUGCAAGAAAGGAGUCAAGAGCGACGCUAUUCCCAUUAUGCCUCCAUGUCCGGACGGGUCCCUGGAUAUGAUUACUCACUGGGGAGCUGAAUCUGCGGAUGAAGAGGAGGAGGAAGCUCCCUGGGCCACAAGUCUGGAGGUGGAAGAAGAGGAAGAAGAUGCUGUUAAUGAUUUGGAUGGAAACGUUCUCUGUGGUGAAGUGAAGCAGGAACCAGAUGCUGACAUGGAGAGCAGCACAAGCCCAAACGAGACAUCCGAGACCUCUGAGAUGAAGAAAGGCACCAGCAGGCAAGAUGUGUCCCUAGUGCUGCUGACCCGAAGGUUUCUGGACCUGCUGCUCACUUCUCCAGAUGGCACACUGGACCUGAGGAACGUGACAACUGACCUGCACACCAGCAAGCGUCGCAUUUAUGACAUCACCAACGUCCUGAGUGGCAUCAAACUCAUCAAGAAGGAGUCAGCCAAUAAGAUCAAGUGGAUAGGAGGCAGUCUAAACUCCAGCUUUCCAUGGGAGAACCAGAGCUUAUUCAAUGGACAAAUGGCUAAUCUGAAUCUGGUUGAGGACACCCUGGACACACUUAUCAAAACUUGUGCUCAGCAGCUCUUUGAAAUGACAGAUGACCUGGAAAACGCUGCGAUGGCCUACGUUACUCAUGAGGACAUCAGACAGCUUGAAGCCUUUCACCAGCAGACGGUGAUUGUUGUUAAGGCUCCGGAGGAAACCAAGCUGGAGGUUCCUGCACCCACAGAGACCAGCAUCCAGGUCCAUUUGAAGGCAGGGAAGGGUCCUAUCAAGGUGCUGAUGUCUGACAUGAUUUCAAGACAUGUCUACAGAGAAAAAAACAGCUGCUUUGUUUCAUUGGAGGAGAGUCGCAUAAAGACGUCCACGCUGCACACAGAGUCUGCAAGUUCUCAGGGCACGUAGCCUCCAGCAGACCAGCAGGAGAUCUGCCUUCAGGCUUCAGACACAAGUCUGAAGAUACUAAAUGGAGCGUGUGCAGGUACCAGAGGAGAUGGAUGAGGCUCAGCACAUUCGUUCUUCAUGCGAACGUCAUUGACUAAAACUUUGGCCAAAUCUGACCUUGAUCAUGGAGUGCAGAGAAAACUGUUGAAGUUGAGUACUAAUCUGCAAAAGUUCUUUUUGAAACUCCACAUGGUGCCGGUUCUGUUUGCGCUGUGAUUUCUGAGGACUUUGGAGAAGAAAAUGUGUAAACGAUGAAGGUGAAGCUGACGGACUGAGGAGAGAAGUGCUGCGUCUCUCCUGCAGAGAGCAGCAGUGUGUCAAACAUUACCAUCAUGCACUGACCUAAAUAUACUCCAGAAUACGUUACUUAGCGUUUAGCUUUUGGUUUGUAUGUAAAUAUGAUUCAUGUAUUACAGAUGUUGAAGAUGCUGUUAUUAAUAAAUGAACACUUAUGAUA